AUCAUCAUCUCCUUUUUUCCUCUUCUUCUUCUUCUUCUUCUGUCUCUCAUUUCUCUGGUUUCUGGUCUCCGACUUGUAAUGUUCAAACCCAGCGCUUCCCUAAAUUUCUGUUUUCUCCCAAUUUUCUCCACCAACAAUCAUCCACUUGGGUUUAUUCAAGCUCUACAAAUUUUUAAUUUUCAUUUUAAUUCUUUUUUCUUCUAAAGGGUUUUCAGGCUCUUUUAAAAGGGGUGUUUCAUUUUUCUUUAUUUUAAUUCCCCUUUUUUUUUUUUUUUUUUUCUUUGAGUUACACUAAAUGUUUCAGACAUGGACUUGACUCCUGCGAUUUCCACCGCCGUCGCCGCCAUUACCACCGGCGGAGGACCCGUCAAAUCCCCUGAAUUAGACACCGACACACCCAUCAAAAUCCAACCCACCACCAAAUCUCACCCUUUCACCAACGGUGUCCUCAAGCGCCACCAUAACACCCCACCGCCUGUCGUCUACAAAGAAUGCCUCAAGAAUCACGCCGCCAGUUUAGGUGCCCAUGCUUUGGACGGCUGUGGCGAGUUCAUGCCUUCCUCUACCGCCACCGCCUCCGAUCCCACUUCCCUUAAAUGCGCUGCUUGCGGCUGCCACCGGAAUUUCCACCGCCGUGAGCCGGAGGACUCAAUCGCCACCCCGACGACAACCCAUAUCAUUGAGUACCAACCUCACCAUCGUCACCACCCACCGCCACCUGCAGCAAAUCGAAGCCCAAGCUCUGCCUCUCCUCCACCGAUCUCCUCCUCCUACUACCCUUCAGCUCCCCACAUGCUUCUUGCCCUUUCCGGCGGACUGCCGGAAAACGCCAGCGGUGGAUUCCACCACUCGAUUCUGACUCCAAGCCCCAAUUCGAGAAAGCGAUUCAGAACAAAAUUCACUCAAAAUCAAAAGGAAAAAAUGUAUGAAUUUGCAGAGAAAGUGGGUUGGAAGAUUCAAAAACGAGACGAGGAUAUGAUCCAAGAAUUCUGCAGCAACGUCGGAGUAGACAGAGGCGUUCUCAAAGUUUGGAUGCACAACAACAAAAACACUUUGGGGAAAAAAGACGGCACCCAGAACACCAACGGCAGCGGUGGCGACGGCGACGGCGACGGCGAUGAGAAAAUGAACGGCGGCAACGAGCCACACGCCGCCGCAAAUGGGUCGUCUUCUUCAUCUUGAUCUGAAUAAAUUGAUGGAUGGAUGGAUGUUAGCAGAGAGUAUCAGAGAUAGAAGAGUAAGCAUCUUUUUUUUUUUUUUUUUUUUUNAUUUUUUUUUUUUUUUUUUUUUUUUAUUGUUCUUUUUUGCCCUCUUUUAUUUUCUCAAGUUCAUUUUCUAAUUACAUUUCAAUAUUUUCUCAUCCUGUUUUCCAUCAAAUUAACCAGAACAUCACCUUGGAAUUGAAAUAUAUGCAUAGUUCAUCAUAAACCCUUCAAUCACCACCACUAAUCACUUCAAUUACCCAC